AUGGCAGCAAUAGGAUAUGUCAUGUUCACCUGUCUCAUGGCCCAACUGAAGUCGUACUAUCUCUUCAAAAACCGAAAAGCAUUCAGAAAACUGGUACUAGAUUUAGAUCAAGCUACGUUCAAGGAAAAGAAUAAUGCAGAAAAAGUAAUAAUAAAUAAUGUUUUGGGGCUGUUCUGGAACAUAAAAACAGCCCUUAUUGUGGUCAGUUUCGUCGCAGUACUAUCCUCGGUCUCAGUACCACUAUUUUAUCCAAAAGAGACAGGAAUGCCGAUACAAGCUUGGUAUCCUUUUGAUGUUUCAGAGGGUACUAGCUAUGUUUUAGCCUACCUUCACCAGGCUGUGUCAAUUAUUUAUAUUUCUGGUGUAAAUAUAUAUGUGGACGUGAUUGUAGCUGGGUUUUGUACAAUUAUUGGGCUGCAAUGUGAUCUUCUUUGUGAAAGAAUAUUGAUGUUGGGUGAGAAUGAAGAUGACAGAAGGAAUAAAGAUAAUUUUGUGAAUUGUAUUCAGCAUCAUUUCACUAUUUUGGAGUAA